AUGUCGAGGAAUCUGAAAAGUACAUCCAAUAGGCUAUUAUGCCUUUGGAGAAAACCUGAUCACUUGUCAAUUAACGUUGUAGUUGACAUGGAAUCUGAGGUGGAGAGUGCACAGAAAACAAUUGAAGUAAGCCACGGAAGUGCUGGCGAAUUCAGUAAAAGUGCAGCAAGUCAUCUGUACAUCAGUAAUAAACGUAGCACAAUUUUUGGGCUUGUGAGCUGCCUCAUCUUUGCUUUGACUUUAGCGGUUUUGCUGCCUUUGUUUUGGUUUGGAUCUGUGCCAACAAUUUCUGUUUUUAUGCAGAAAGGUAACAAAUACAGACUUCCUGUUACGAUUGUUGCAGAAGUAUUGAUGCUGGCAAUUAUUUCAACUUGUAUUGUACGGCUUGCAAUAACUAAAAGAUCUAUAAAUAGAAGAAGCUCUUAUAUUUCAAGUUGCUUGUCAGAAGAAUUUCGUUCUGUUUCUACUGAACAUUUUCAGCAAAGCACCUCUCCUUUAAAAUCUGCUAGAUCAACAAAAUCAGGCAGUCUGAGAUCGAAAAGGAACUCAGAUUCACUGCCGAAUAUGAACAUUGUUGCCUUGAGGCAUAUACUGGAAAGUCUUCCAACAGAAACUGUUGCAAGAAUUCAGGAGCUUGGGAAAAGGUUUUUGAAUUCAGGAAACGGAAGAUCAACAAUUGAGCCUGGAAAAUUCAGCACUCAACACAAAAUCUCAAUGGAUUCAAAUUCAGGCACAACUUAUAAGAUUGCAGUAAAAGUUUUGUUAGUUGGUGAUAUCAAUGUUGGUAAAACCAGCAUCUUUCAUAGAAUCCUAUAUGAUCAAUUUUCUUCAUCAUAUCUUCAAACAAUUGGGGCUGAUUUGGGUUUCAGUACCCUCAUCCUAUCAACAAACGAUGGGGCUGAUAGUGUUUCAGUUGGCUUACAAAUCUGGGAUCUUGGUGGUCAAGAGCAACUAGUGAAGGCAACCAAACACUAUUAUAAAGAUGCAGUUGUUGUAAUCCCAGUUGCUGAUAUAAGCAAUUUAGUUUCUCUAACAGCCCUGCAUGAUUGGUUGCAUGACAUAUCUAAUAAAGUAUAUGAUCCAUAUUUAGUGCUGUUACUGAAUAAAGCAGAUUUGGAUCACAAAGAAGUGACUGAAGAAGAAAUCAAUAAAAUAACUGAGCUACAAAAUGUAGAACGGUUUGAAGUAUCUGCAAAGACUGGUGCAAAUGUAUAUAAAGCUUUCACAGAGAGCAUUGCUAAAGUCAUUAUCAAGGAGACAGCUAAGAUGCUAUGA